CCCGUGUGGAGCAGCUUUGGCAGGCCCAAGCUAUAUAGGCAACUUGGGUGGGGUGGCCUGGUGCUCUGUGUGUCGUCAGUUUAGUUUGCAAAAUAUAGCGUACAAGUGUAUCUCGUGUGUUCGGACAUCUCUGCCCCUGUACGUAUACCUACAUAUUUAUUUUAUGUGACAAGGCCUCCACUUGAAUUCAGUUUGUCACUUCAGUUCACUUUCAUAUGUUGCCCGGUGAAUGUCCACUUGCUUCAUGAAUAAUUGCUUAAAAAAUCCCAUUCAAUAGAGCAAAAAAAAUAAAUUCCGCGCGGUGUGUAUUUUCUCACAGGAUUUUUUCUCGUGAUAUGCCAGGAAAAAAAUAUUUGCAUUGUUUUUUUUCGCAGCAAAUCAACCCUCAAAAAACAACCCCCACAUAUAUAGUGUGUGUGUAUGUGCUAUGUGUGCUUUUAUCCGUCUGUAACGAAGUUUAGUGUGGGAAAGUGUGUGGAAAAUAUUCCCCUAAAAGGAUUAAUUUUUCAAUCCAUAAACAAUUCCGUGUGGGAGGAAGCAAUAAAAGCCAUGAUUCGUAAAAUUCGCGUAAACAUUCCACACUGUUUGUCUACGCAAAGUGAAACUUGGUGAUAAAUUUUCCGCGAGAAAAACCUCCGUACACGAGAGGAGAAACAAAAAAAAAGAAUUUAAAUGUGUUUUCGUUGCACCUAAAACCUUCAAUUAAGUGUACACAAUCAUAGAGAGAGAGAAAAACUCCCAAAUCCCUUGAUUUAAAAAAAAAACAAACCCCUCAAUGCUAAAAGAAAAUUCAUGAAGCAAAAGUUUUUUUUCCAAGAAAAAUCCAACAGUUGCAGGACAAAUAAAUCUUGUGUAUAAAUUUCACGUGGUACGCGGGUAGCGCGAGCUGUGAGAUACUGAAACACCCAGGAAAAUACAGAGACAUCACACUUGAAUCAAAACCCAUUUCGCCAGUCUUCGGUAAGCGUUGGAUGUAGUAACAUAUCUAGUAGUGAACACUUUGGGGAAAAGAGCGGUGCUGGAUCCAAGAGCUGCGAUACGCUGAUAUAUGGUGGUGCAUCGGGACCGGUGAGUGGUGGUCGUUUGGCCUUGUUCAGUAGCAGUGACGACGCGCCAACCGGUAGUCUCCUGGCCAGAGAUCAGCUACGUUAUAGUUCGGCGCGCCUUUUACCCUCGCACUUCUCACCGGCGGCCGUUAGUGUGAGCAGUUGCGCUAGUAGCCGGGUGGGUGGUGAAGGUGGUGAUGUGAUAACAACGGCCAGCAAUACAACAAGUAGUAAUUCGCCAAGAUUUGAAAUUGACGAAGACGAAGAGGGUGGUCGUUUUCAGCCGCAACAUCACGUACAGUUGCAAUUGCUGCAGUCGCAGCAGCAACAGCAGCAAGCCUACCCGUUGGCCUAUCUCAUUGGCACAAGUGCCAGUGGUCUCGAUCAGAAGACAACGUCCGUUGAUAGUAGCUGCUGGCGCAAUACGAGCUGCAAGAGCCUCCAAUUCCAUAAGCGAAGCAUUAAUUCCACUGGAAAUUUGGACGAUAUUAACUGGAGUAGCGGUGGCGUUCACUAUUUAGCAACAGCCGCUACUGGCAUUGUGGGGGGUGGUCACACAAGCGUUAAAUACCGCGAUAAGCACUCCACCGCAUAUAGUACAAGUAGUAGUACAUCGGGCCACCACAACUCAUUAAAAUCGUCUCAGAUAGUGUGCAAAAAAUGCAUGUCAAAAUCAUUGAGUUGUUUAAAGAAUGCACGAAAAAAGACAAAUUUAUUUAAAUUCCAUUUAAAGCCACUGAAAAUAUCUCAGAUAACAGACAGUGAUGCAAUAUCAAUUUCUUGCCAGGUACCAAUAACAUUGGCACAAUUUGGAAACUCAACAACAAAUGGUACAACAACGCUUUGCAAUGGGCAACAUACAUCAAUUAAUGCAAAUCAAUCAACGAAUAUAUCUCAGAAAGCAAAUUCGCGUUUUUCCACCUUGCCAAAAAUUGGGACUAUCGCAACUAGUGGUAGUACAUUGAAUGUGAGGCCAAGAUUGAAUAGUAGUGAUUCACCGAAAUUGUACAGCAGAAGCAAUAGUAAUCGCGAGGGAAGGGACUACGGCGCCCUGGACGCGUCUAGUUCGCACCAAACAUCCACGACGACGACAACAACGGCGACGACGAACCCAUACUUGAUCCCCAGCUCAACGCCGCCGCCACCGCCUUACACCACCGCCACAAGCACCACCGCCUCCCCCACGGCCGUGAGAUCCACCACAAACACCAAUACACCCACGGCAACAAGAAGUGAUAACCGUAGCAAUAACAAUCCAUCAAGUAGUGCAAAUAGUUCCCAGCAGCAGCAACAGCAGGGGAGCAGUAGCAGCAGUAGCAACAAUAGCAGUGGUGUCAAAACGAGCAAAGCUGUGAGCGAUCCAUGCAAUCGCAGUAUUGAUUUCAAUCGGCAGAUCAGUGCACCAGUUGAGAAUAGAUCCAGCUCCAGUUCUGUGAAUAACAUUAAUCCUAGCCAAGUGAAUUACUUUCCAUCGUCGAUCAUUAGUUCAUCCUAUACGAAUAGUUUGACGCGCAACAAGAAGCACCGGAGUUUAAAAUUGACUGGCAGAUUAUUUAGUGCAGCUAGUUCGGAUUCAAUACGAUUCAACUCUAAUUUAUCUAGUCAAAAUGAUAACGACUUGCGAAUAUCAGUAGAUAAUACGUGUACAGAUUCUUUAGUUACUGCUCUAGAUGAUGAAGCCUUACUACUAACGGAAUUUAACGAAAUGGCAAAAUCAAAGGUUCAUUUCGACGAUGUUUCUCUCUACGGUACGCCGAAAGAAGAACCGCUACCGACCAUACCGGUGGUGCCGGAGAAGACCUCAUCGAACUUCAUCAAGAACCAACUGCAGUCAUGGUUUCAGCCCACAGACAACCGUUUAGCUAUGAAAUUAUUCGGUAGCAAGAAAGCCUUAGUUAAAGAGAGAAUUAGACAAAAAUCAGCCGGUCACUGGGUAAUCCAUCCAUGUAGUUCAUUUCGAUUCUACUGGGACUUAUGUAUGUUGUUGCUACUCGUUGCGAAUUUGAUCAUUUUGCCUGUUGCCAUAUCUUUUUUCAAUGAUGACCUUAGCACUAGGUGGAUUGCUUUUAAUUGUCUAAGUGACACCAUAUUUUUGAUAGAUAUUGUUGUCAACUUCAGAACAGGUAUAAUGCAGCAAGAUAAUGCGGAGCAAGUGAUAUUAGAUCCUAAGAUUAUAGCGAAAAACUACCUUAAGACAUGGUUUUUUCUGGAUUUAAUUUCAUCUAUACCACUCGACUACAUUUUUCUCAUCUUCAAUCAGUACAUUGCUUCAUCGGAUUUCUCGGAAUCUUUUCAAAUUUUGCAUGCGGGAAGAGCACUUCGAAUUCUACGAUUAGCCAAACUUCUAUCAUUAGUCCGUCUUUUGCGAUUAUCUCGUCUCGUUCGGUACGUGUCGCAAUGGGAGGAAGUCUAUAUUCUGCAAAAUCUACAAAAAAAGCGCGCUGAUCGAAGAGGACGAUUAGUCAAAAAAGAAAAGGGCUUUUCGAAAAGCAAUCUUGUGCUGAAGUUCCUCAACAUGGCCUCGGUGUUUAUGCGAAUCUUCAAUUUGAUUUGCAUGAUGCUCCUUAUUGGACACUGGAGUGGAUGUUUGCAAUUUCUAGUGCCAAUGCUCCAGGGAUUCCCAUCGAAUUCAUGGGUGGCUAUUAAUGAAUUGCAGGAAGCAUAUUGGUUAGAACAAUACUCAUGGGCGUUGUUUAAGGCAAUGUCCCACAUGCUCUGUAUCGGUUAUGGCAGAUUUCCACCGCAAUCUCUAACUGAUAUGUGGUUAACGAUGUUAUCCAUGAUAUCAGGAGCUACGUGCUAUGCAUUGUUUCUCGGACAUGCCACAAAUCUUAUUCAAAGUUUGGAUUCUAGUAGAAGACAAUAUCGUGAAAAGGUUAAGCAAGUUGAAGAGUACAUGGCAUACAGAAAGUUGCCAAGAGACAUGAGACAGCGAAUAACAGAGUACUUUGAGCAUCGUUACCAAGGGAAAUUCUUUGACGAAGAAUUGAUCCUUGGGGAAUUAAGUGAAAAGUUGAGGGAAGACGUUAUCAAUUACAAUUGCAGAUCUUUGGUUGCUUCAGUGCCUUUUUUCGCUAAUGCUGAUGCAAAUUUCGUAUCAGACGUUGUAACAAAAUUAAAGUACGAAGUAUUCCAGCCAGGUGAUAUUAUCAUUAAAGAAGGUACAAUCGGGACGAAAAUGUACUUUAUCCAGGAAGGUGUUGUCGACAUUGUCAUGGCGAAUGGUGAAGUGGCAACUUCUCUGUCGGAUGGAUCAUACUUUGGUGAGAUUUGUCUACUGACAAAUGCAAGGCGUGUGGCGAGUGUUCGUGCAGAGACGUACUGCAAUUUAUUUUCUCUAAGCGUAGAUCAUUUCAAUUGUGUUCUCGACCAAUAUCCUCUUAUGAGAAAGACGAUGGAAACGGUGGCAGCGGAAAGAUUAAACAAAAUUGGGAAAAAUCCCAAUAUAAUGGCGCAGCGUGAUGAACCAAAUAGCUUAAAUACGGAAUCAAAAACAAUUAGUGCAGUUGUGAAUGCUUUAGCAGCAGAAGCGGAACAUGUAAAUAAUAUGAGUGAUGAUAUGGCACAAAAUAGUGGAUCAGAGCAGAGUCUCCAAAAUCUCAGUGAGAACCUGAAACUAAGCUUACCGAGGCCAAAAAGUGACGAAUUCAGAUCAUUAUUCGGCGGCAGUAGUCCGUAGUUUCAUUUCAUAGUGAUAUUAAAACUGCAACAAUAAUUUAAGUGACAAUUUUAAGAAUUUUUUUUGUCUUAAAUUCUAAGAUAGAGAGACAUGAUGAACUGCGACUAAAAAAAAUACAUACUGAAUGAUUACACAGCUCUCUACAAAAAAAAAGAAGAUAGGAAGUUUUAGGGAUUUUUCAGUGAAUUCUUGACAGGAUUCUUGAGUUCUGAGUUUAAUUCUUGAAGAUGAAUAUUAUGUUUUACAUUUGUACUGAUUCUAAUUGACACAAAAAGAUUUUCUCAAUGAUUUAUGCUCUAGCUACUUGUGCUCAAAAUUUUAUUUAAUUUGAAUUAUUCAAUUUUUAUUACGGCAAGAAGCAUUUUUCAAUUUCAAGAAGGAAAGCAUUUAAAUGAAAGAAAAACCUUAAAAACAUAUUUUGAAAAUAAAAAAUAAAUAUGUUUUCAUCCAACAAUAAAGCUUUAGCACCUAGAGCAUCACUAGAGCAGAAAUAUCUAAUGUUAGAGCAACUAAAAGGAAUAUCUGACGGUGAAUAAAUGAGUUUGAAAUAAUGUCAAAGUUAAUUGAGAAAUCCUUUGCACUCCGAAAUGGCGCCAAGAAGUUUUAGGGAGCUGUGGUAAUUCUAAAAAGGCUCGAAUGGGAAAGACUCGAGUGAAACGAAGCAAUAAGCAGGAUGCAACACGAUAUUUUGUUUUAACUUUCCCCCCAAAAAAAUACGUAGAAUAUACAAAGUCAAAAUACGUCUGCAGAAAGCGCAUUUAAGGGUGGAAUUUGGCACAUUUCUUUAAGUUUUAAAAAUUAUUUUUUUUUUUAUUAUUUUGUUAGAAAGAAAAAAAUUAAAAUCAAACGGCGAAUGGAAUAUAUAAUCUCGCAAUCCUUCAAAUGAUGGAAAAAGAAAGAAUAUAUAUUUUGGUAGAUAAAAGAAAUUAUGUGUAGGAUAUGAGAAGAUUUAUGCGCUGAAAACCGCCCUGAAUAUUUAAAAAAAAUUCUUUUUAAUCAUUUUUUUAUCGUAAACCUCAUGUACGUAUAUUUUUUUCUUAGGAAUACCACAACUAAAAGUAUUAAAGUAGCAUCAUAAAUGAAAUUUAUAUUUUCCCUAUUUAGCAUUUAAUUUUAAAGAAAAAUUUCUUUUAGAAAAUCUUUACGAAGGAAAAAUUGUUAAUUUAUGCAAAUUUUAUCACAAUAAAAAAUCAUAUAUACACGAAGAAAUAAAGGUAAUAAAAAAAGAAGAAAUAUUUUGAACCUAUGAAAUAUUUUUUAGACACUUUCAGAGUCCAAAAACUGAACUAAUUUUUGAUAUAAAUUGAAUUUUGGGGACUUUUCAUACAACUUCCAUGCAAUGCAGCAAGAUCAUUCUUUACUUAAAUUGUUGAUUUUUUUUAAUUCAUCAAAAAAGACAGCAAAUGUUGAAUUCUAAAAAUUUUAACAUUUUUCAUUCCCCGUGUGCUCCGUAUUGAUGUCAAUUUGAAUAAACAGGAUGAAGUUGUACUGCCAGACUCUGCACUAUACGUGUAUUAUUUCAUUCAAUAAUUCAACACUAAUUUACAUAAAAAUGAGAUAUGAUUCAUUUCCGUUUCGUGGAGGGAAAAAAUAUUAAUAAAAAAUACGAAAUUUUAAAUUCAAAUGAAGCAGAAAAAUACAAUUUAUAUUCAUAAAAAUAUAUUAAAAUUAAUUUGAAAAGUUUUUUUUAUUUGCAAGAGAUUCGUUUUUUAACAAAUCCUUGUUUUUUGGUUUUAAUUUAACUUUGGAAAUGUUUUGUUAACAAAAAUCCCAAAAGCAAGAAAAUAAAUUCGCAUUAAAUGGAAGUUUUAUGUUAAGUCUGCAAAACAAUUUGCUUUACAAUUCAACUGUUGAUUCUCGAGACUAUAAUCAUUCUCUAUUUUCGUGAUAAUAUCCUUAAUAAAAAAAAUGAAAGAAGAGAAAGAAAUGCUAACGAAAUGAUAAGAAAUACGUUAUUGUUAAACUUCUUUAAAUGAAAAAAAAAUCUAUUUUUAUCGCAAAGAAAAUGCAAAACUCAGUCAUUCUGUAGUAAGGAAAAA